GUGUUUUGUCUUGUCCUGCGAAAAGCGCGGCGUCCCUGUCGUCGUUGCAGCGUCUCAGUUAUCGUGUUUGGAUAAAUUUGAAUUUGAGAAGAGUUUUCCACAAUCAGUGUCGUUUUAGCGCUAUUUAUUGAAUCACGAAGUGUCCAUUGUGGGCGAAAAUCAAGUCUGCCAUUUAUCAAGAGUGUUGAUUGUGUUGGCGGUUGGUUGUGUGCCGAGGUCUCAACGGCCACAAGUUUUAGUUUUAUCGCAGCUUUGUCUCAUCAUGUCAUUCGAUCACGGCGCCGCAUUGCCGGCCGAGGCUGCUGGACAACGUGAGGCCGAACCGCAUCAGUUUCCUCAGCUUUUGCAUCACUUCAAUAUGCCCCCUCCUUUUCUUGAUUACGCCAUGGUGAGUGCACUACAGAACGCCAUGCCGGCCCCCGUGGAUGUGAGUAUGCCGACCGCCGUUCCAGACCCCAGUGCAGUAGCACAAGUGAGUAUAUCACAUCAAAACGGGGAUCCCGGAGGGUCCGUCGCUCACAUGGUCCAGACGGGCAUGGCCAGCCCCUACCCGACGCCGCAGUUUCCCCAGAACGGCGAGGCCAUGCCGGCGAUGCCCAUCAAGGCCGACUCGGCGGGGGGAGGCGCGGGGCAGCUCAAGGAACCCGGGCCGCCGGUGCCGGCCUACUCGCCGCCCGUCAGCGCCGCGGUGGCGGUCAGCGGGGCGCCCGUCAACGGCAUCGAGCAGCAGACAGUGAGCAUUUGUUACACCGGAGGACAGUCGACAGACAGCGGCGCCGUCACCCAUACUCAACAACAAACAGAGCCUGAAACAGAACAACCAGCAAGACAAGCUUCACCACAAAGUGCAGUAGCAGUCCUUGGCAAACCUGGCGAACAACCACCCAAGAGACUUCACGUCUCUAACAUUCCCUUCCGAUUCAGAGAUCCCGAUCUUCGGGCUAUGUUUGGCCAAUUUGGUCCUAUUCUGGAUGUUGAAAUUAUUUUUAAUGAACGAGGUUCUAAGGGAUUCGGUUUUGUAACAUUCGCAAAUAGUGCUGAUGCGGACCGCGCACGAGAGCGACUACACGGCACCGUGGUUGAGGGGAGAAAGAUAGAGGUGAACAAUGCAACAGCACGAGUUCAGACAAAGAAGGCACCUACAGUCCCUAGUGUGUGCGUGCAGUGGCCCGAGGGAGCAGCAGUAGACCAAGCGAUGUUCAGCCCAACACAAGCAGCGGCACUUCGUGGUGUAGCCAUCCAGCGUGGGCGGGCAACGCGUUCUACAUUCCCAGCCGCUGCGGCGGCGGCUGCUGCAGCUGCAGCUGCGGCUGCGUAUGCUAGGCACCCUGCACCCCUGGCUGCAGCAGCUGCUGCUACUGCUCUGCAGGGAUACCCAGCCAGCAUGUACUUCGAUCCGUACCUGGCAGUUGCAUCAGCAGCAGACAACAACUUCAGAUUACAGGCGGCAACCUGCGUAUCAGAGGCCGCUGCUGCAGUUGCUGCUGCCGCCUCAAAUCCCUCUUUGUUGAAGUCACCAAUGUCUACAGCACAACAAGCUAGUUAUGUCGCCGCUGCUGCAAACUACUCAGCAGCAGCAGCCCGUGCUUAUGGGGCUGCAGCCUCUCAACCUGCCGCUGGAUAUGCCACCAUAGCUGGGUAUGGUCGAGAGUACCCAGAUCCGUACCUGAGUCAUGGAGUUGGUCCUGUCGCAAGCUAUGGAGCAGCAGUGUAUAGGAGUGGUUACAAUCGAUUUGCACCUUACUGAAGAACUGAUGCAGAAUUGCCUCUCUUUAAGCUAAUUAGAAUAGACAGUACUCUCGUCACUCGUCAUCUGAAGUAUCUUGUCACAUCCAAAGUUGUUACCAUCGCCAUGAUUGAUCUUGUUUAUAGUUUAUGUUUCGGCAGCUAGGCUAGUGUGGCUCCUAUUGACACUUAGAUCGCAGCACUACCAUCCAUAACACUCCCUCAAAAAUAUUUUCCUGUAAUUGUGUUUAUAAAGUGUGUUAAAGGCGGUUGUGCGCCAAAGGUGUGAAUCUCAUGCAACUAUUUUUAGGUAUGACAAGUGUUACACUAGAGAUACCUGGCGCCAUCCUCUGGUGUUUUGAAUACUCAAGACUGCAAGUGGGCUAGCAAGGGCCCUUCGCCAUAGCUUACCCACAACUCUCUCUAUUCGUUUUAUGGUUUUUAAUUAUAUUUUGAAACAUGAACUUGACACUUUUUUUAAGAAGGUAAUUCUCAGUUGUACAAUUAUUUUUUUUCGUUUCUAGAAAUUUGUAUUUUAUUUCUUGUCCCUUUUUCAUCACAUAUUUUUGUGUUGUACUCUCUCUUUUUGCAUACAUCUUCUUUGUAUGAUUAUUUAAUUGGUAACUCUUAUUAUGUCAAUCGUUUCUUGUCUUUGUUUGAAGUGAUAAAAGAUUGGUGAUACUUGUGCGUACACAGUUGUGCAAGGGGCGCACAUGAUGAUAAGGUUGAGUGGGAACAUGCACAAAUCUGUCCAUAGUUUAGCUAUAGACAUCUGAAAUGACAUGACAAACUCCUCUCUGUAUCCAACACCCAUGAGCAUUAAAAUAUUGACAUUUGUACCCCAUACAGAAUGCCAAUUGGUUCAUUACCUAACAUUAAUACAUACCUCCCUAAUUGAUGUAUUGCAUAUUUUGUAUCUUGUAGUAACUUAAUUUGUGCGUUGUGUUCUUUAUUUUUAGUUAAAUAAGUCAAUGCCACUGUAGCAGUGCUGGGCACUCUUUAAAAACCUGAGUUGUUUGUCAGGUUAUUCGUAAAAAAAAAAGCUCUCUGUAUUUGUUAUAGAAUGUUGACAGUCCGUUUGUAUAGGUGGAACUCAGUAUGGAGUGCGGUAGCACAGGUGAGGAUAUUUUUAGGUUAGAAUGGAUGUUUCGUUUAAACACUAGGAUUCUUGUUUCUAGAUUUUGUGAUUGUUUGUGGUAAGUCUUGGACGGGUUUGUUUUACCAUAAGCCAAGUGUCCAUAGCUGGCAGGUCCCCUGUGACACUUCCAAUAGCUCCCAACAAAAAGAAAAUUGUUUUUAUAUUCAUAUAUAUUUGUCUAGCAACAUAAUUUUUAGGUGGAUAUGUUGGGGAGGGGGUGGGUGGGCUUUGGGGAAAAAUUUCUGAGUCCCUCCAUUGAAAAUGUAGGAAAAGGGAGGGAGUUUUUUGGGUUCUUUUUGGGGGGAAUUGAAUCAUUUUUGAUCUAGUAACUCCUUGUUUCCAAGACCAGAUUGUGCGUCUUGAAUGGGAUUAGUUAAUGUUAAUAGAAGUGUGGGGGCAUUGAACAACCAAAGACAUGACCAGUAUUUUUACCUGCUCAAUCAGAUUGUUUAGUUUGGAGACUGUAAAGCAGAGAGAUCUUUCAUGCAUAUUAAAUUGGUUUACAGAGCAUGGGCAUGUUGGCAUCUGAGGGAUGCUGGGAGCAUACUUUAUACUUGUUUCAAUGUGAGUCUUCCGUUUGGCACAAUACAUAAUUUUCGCACAGAUAAUACAUGUACACUGGAAAUGCACAAAAAAAAAAAGUUGAGUUUAACUAUAUCAGUUGUGAUUUGCCCCAAAUACUUUCUACCUGCCCUUCCCUUUUGUUAUGUUAUUGUUACGUCACUUUUUUUUGAUAAUUUUAAGAGGACCUCAUCUCUACCUUUAAUCUAGUUUUUAAACUCUAUGGAGAAACUGUGAUGCCGGCAUUCUCUAAUAUACUCGUACAAAUAGGAUGUUUGAAUGAACUGUUGUAAAAUAAUGUGACAAAGCCAAAAUGGAAUGUUGUUGUUCCAUUUAUUUAGGUGUAGUGAGAGGAGGUUGGAUUUGAAUCUCAAGUCAAAAUGUUGUUUGUUCUUGCAACAAUGUACAAAGUUUAUGAAAGAAUUAUUGUAACCUGACGUAAUAUCUCAUAAUAUCUGUACUCAACAUUUCAGAACAAUACAAGCAUAAACAUGAAAAUUGA